UUCGAACCAGCGUAGCGGCAACAGGGCUUGCGCAGUGGACGAUUGCGCCGCCUAUUUAAUGUGAAUGUGGGCUGUUAUAGGUUAUAGUUAGUAACUUUCACUUGCAUUGUUUUACAAAAAAAUAACAAUAAAAACCGUCAUGUCAAAAGACAUGGGUUUUCGUGAUAUUUUGUUUGUCGGUUAACCGUAUAGGUGUAAAUUAAUUUGUUUAUUUCAAUUAAAGGUUGUGUCAUUAUGUAAAAUAAUUAUUAAUUGUUUAAAUAGAGUUUUUAGAAUCAUGGAGAAAAUAGAAGAGGACGAUAGCUCGGUCAGAGUGGCUGUUAGGAUAAGGCCCCAAACACCUCGUGAAAUAAUUGACAUGUGUCACAUAUGCACAUCAGUUACACCCGGGGAACCACAAGUAACUUUAGGCAAUGACAAAUCAUUUACGUACAAUUACGUUUUCGAUACGGAUACGUAUCAGGAAAACGUUUACGAAAAGUGCGUGGCACCUCUAGUCGAUUCCUCCCUUGAAGGGUACAAUGCAACAGUAUUAGCCUAUGGCCAAACUGGCUCAGGCAAAACCUACACAAUGGGCUCCGGAUUUGAUGUAGACCUACCCAGUGAUCAAUUAGGUAUAAUACCCAGAGCAAUACACCACCUUUUUGACGGUAUGCACCAAAAAAUCCAAAACGCACAUGAUUUGGGCCAACUACCCCCCGAAUUCAAGGUCACGGCUCAAUUCAUGGAGCUAUACAACGAGGAGGUUAUCGAUCUGUUUAACCCUGCGUACAACAAUAAGGAUAAAAUUUACAAAAUCCACGAGGAUCCUCACGGGGGUAUUAUGGUGAAAGGGGUAACCUUUAAAACAGUAUUAUCAGCAGAAGAAGCAUUACAAUGUUUAAAACUAGGCGCUCUGUCGCGUACCACGGCGAGCACGCAGAUGAACACGCAAUCGUCAAGAUCCCACGCUAUAUUUACAUUGCACGUCAAACAGCACCGUUUGGUGCCUGAAGAGGACAACAACGAGUUCGAAACGUUGUCGGCCAAGUUUCACUUUGUCGAUUUGGCAGGUUCGGAGAGACUGAAGAGGACUGGCGCCACCGGGGAGCGGCAGAAAGAAGGCAUUUCAAUUAAUUGCGGUUUAUUGGCGUUGGGUAACGUGAUUUCCGCGCUUGGUGAUAAGACUAAGAAAGCAUCGCACAUUCCUUAUAGAGAUUCAAAGCUGACCAGGCUAUUACAGGAUAGUUUGGGCGGAAAUUCCCAGACUGUUAUGAUAGCGUGCGUCAGCCCGAGCGAUCGAGACUUCAUGGAGACUUUAAACACACUUAAGUACGCCAAUAGGGCUAGAAAUAUUAAAAAUAGGAUCUUUAUAAAUCAAGAUAAGAGUUCCAAAACUAUAUCGCAGCUUAAGCAACAAAUUGCUCAACUACAGUUGGAGUUGGUGGAGUACAAGCAGGGCAAACGGAUCAUCGGACAAGAUGGUUCCGAAGUCGUGAACGAUAUGUUCUACGAAAAUAACAUGCUUCAGGGCGAAGUUAACAAUCUACGCACCAGAGUAAAAGCAAUGCAAGAAACUAUAGACGCUUUAACCCUUAAAAACACUAACCUACUAGCAGAGAAAGCAAUGGGUAACUGGUUUGGUGGAGGGAAUGACAAUGAUGUCGCAUGCAUGGUUCAAGCGUACCUCAAAGAAAUAGAAGAACUAGGGGCCAAACUAAUGGAAUCUAACAACACCUGCGAGCAAUUGAGAAAACAACUGAAUCGCUCUCAAGUCCUAAUAACUCACAACUUCGAUCUUGAUUCUUCAAUGGACAACAACUCCUUUAUCAUAGAAGAUGCGAAACGCAAGCUGCAGAAGGAAAAGGAAGUUUUAAAUCGCAGAUCAAUGGAGAUUGACAGCGAUGUGGAUUCUGAUAUGUCCAGUGAUAGUGAGGAUAAAGAUAUCGAUACCACACUUAAACACGAGUUAAUAUCACUAACAAACGAUAUAGAUAUGAAGCAGAAACUUAUCGAUGAGUUGGAGUUAUCACAGAGGAGAAUGCAAACGAUGAGGCAACACUACGAGGAUAAGUUGAUGCAAUUGCAGAUGAGGAUUAAAAACACCCAGGAGGAACGAGACAGAAUUUUACAUUCGUACAGCGCCAGCCCAGAACCAACAGAAAAAGUAAAACGAGUCAAGGAUGAAUAUACAAAGAAGUUAAACGAUAUGCAAAAAGAGAUGAAGAAAUUACAAAGCGCCCAAAAGGAGCAUGUUAGGUUAGUAAAAAGCCAAAAUCAACACGAAAACCAACUAAAAUCGUACAAAAACGAAUUGAUGGACAUGAAACGAGCCAAGGUGCGCCUCAUUAACAAAAUGAAGGAAGAAUCUCAGAAACACAAGGAAGCUGAAAUGCGGCGACUUCGCGAGAUUGCCCAGUUGAAGAAAGAGUCGAGAAAAAACGCCAAUGUAAUAAAAACUAUGGAGAAUGAAAGGAGGAUCAAAGAUCAAGUAUUAAAGCGCAAACAAGAAGAGGUGAGUGUGUUGAGGAAAAGUCAGAAGAAUAAGUUAAGUGUUAAGGCAUCGGGCAGAGUACCGAAGAAGGUUUCGUCUGAGAGAACGGCCAAGCAAAAAUGGCACACGGUUGAAAAAUCCAUAAACAAUAUAGCCAUGAGCAAAAAGGGACUUGUCGAGCAAGAAGUGCGCAUGGAGCACUUCCUGGAAAAACGCGAAGCACUGGGUAAGGAGCUGGAUAUCCUCGAAGAACGCAGAAAACAAGCCGUCAAUAAAAACCAAGACGUCCAACAGCUAGAUAGCUACAUUGAGGAUAUCAAAGAAAACAUCAACUACGUUCAGGAAACAAUCGCUGAAACUCAGCACAAUGUUAUUCAAAUUGAGGAAGGGCAGGAUGUAAAUGAGCACGCCGAUAUACAACAUCUUGUCGAAACGGUUUAUGAUAUAGACGAGGCUAAAUAUAUCAUACAAAAGUUGUGUAACAUGACCUUAUCGCAGAGCCAUGCAGUCGCCCAGAGAGAUGCCAAGUUAAAGGAGAACGAAGCCUCUUUAGCAGAGUUACAACAAGAAACGAAUGUUAAGGGACAGCUGUUGGACCAUGUAUUACAAAACGAAAUACCUAUUUUCUCCAAGGAACUUAUUACAAGCGUGUCAAGCAACGCUAACGAUACCAGCUCAAACAAUUCCUCCAGAUCUAACUCAUCACUAGAAUUGCCGUUCAAUUUUGAAACCACAGCAAACAAGUCUAAAAUUCGGCGUCGCACUGCCCAACCAGCCGAACUACUAUUUGGACUUCAAACACAACCAAAGAUGACUCAAUCCCUCGACCCCAACACAAUAAGGGUAGAUUACCCCUCUAUACAGCGCGUGCCCAGCGUUCCUGGCAGCUUAAAAUACUCUAUGACUUUGCAUGAUGAUGUGAUAGUCAAUGAAGCUUCUAUAGAGGAAAACAAGGUUAAAUUCUUAAUGGUUCAAAAUAUGAAAAUAACAAACACAGACGGAGAUAUAGACUCAUCAAGUGCCUGCAAUUUACAUUGUAAAUUUUACACGGAAACAUGUCUUACAUUUUCCAAACAAUAUUUAAUGUUUAUAGUAUUUUUAUUUACAUUAACUUUAUUAAUGUUGUUUAUAAUAUAAAUUAUUUAUUAAUAAAUUUGUAAUGA